CAUGUCAAGAUUAUGCUCAAAUAAAAACUCAGCGAAUUCUGUUGGUUUAGGGGAGUCAUAUUUUUCAGUAGAGUGCUAACCGGCGUCAUACACGACGUCAUAUAAUCCCCUUUUUCGAUGUCAAACGGGCGCUUUUGCUAGCCGCAAACAGGAUGCCGCUGAGAAUUUUUCAAACAGUGGAUACAAAAUAAACGGGUGUUUCCACAAGGCGACUGUUGACCGUAUCACCAUCGAUUUGAUUGUUUUGUGGCGGUUUGAGACGACAAAGCGUUGAAAAACAAACAUGAUGUCAGGAAAGCAUUUCAAGGCUCAUGAAGUGAGCUGCUGCAUUAAGUAUUUCAUCUUUGGAUUCAACAUCAUAUUCUGGUUCCUUGGAGUGGCGUUCCUUGGUAUCGGUUUGUGGGCAUGGAGUGAAAAGGGUGUUCUAUCCAACAUUUCAUCCAUAACCGACCUGGGGGGCUUCGAUCCAGUGUGGCUCUUUCUGGUGGUCGGCGGCGUGAUGUUCAUUCUGGGAUUUGCUGGUUGCAUCGGAGCGCUGAGGGAAAACUCUUUCUUGCUCAAAUUUUUUUCAGUGUUCCUGGGUAUCAUCUUCUUCUUAGAACUGACAGCAGGAGUACUGGCCUUUGUCUUCAAAGACUGGAUCAAGGACCAGCUCAACUUUUUCAUCAACAACAACAUUCGAGCUUACAGGGACGACAUUGAUCUUCAGAACCUGAUCGACUUCACCCAAGAAUAUUGGGAGUGCUGCGGAGCUUUUGGAGCUGACGACUGGAAUUUGAACAUGUACUUCAACUGCACAGAUUCUAACCCAAGUCGGGAGAAGUGCGGCGUGCCCUUUUCCUGCUGCACCAAAGAUCCAGCGGAGGAUGUCAUCAAUACUCAGUGUGGAUACGACAUCAGAGCAAAAAAGGACUCAGAGAAGAGGACUUUCAUCUACAUUAAAGGCUGCGUCCCACAAUUUGAGAAGUGGCUUCAAGACAACCUAACAGGAGUGGCGGGGAUUUUUAUCGGGAUUGCAUUAUUACAAAUUUUUGGCAUCUGUCUAGCGCAGAAUCUGGUGAGCGACAUUGAAGCAGUAAGAGAGAGUUGUUUGUUCACUUAAAGGCUGCCAUAGAAUCUUGAAAGGCAAGAAGGAUGUACGAGGACUCUUCAAACUGGACACUGGCAAAGGCGGGAGACACAUUAACCAGCUUCAGUGUCCACAAUGAAGAGACUCAAUACUGUGUACAUGGUAUAUUUGUGGACCUAUUUUUGGGAUGACAGACCAUCUCUGAAGUGUAUUGUCAAUACAUUGCGCUGAGAAGUUAAAUGCAGUGGUGAACCAAAUGCUUUGUUGAAAGCAGACACAACUGCAGUUUUUAAUGUACAAAGAUAAGGUUAUUCUGAAAAAGCACUGCAUGCCUUUUGUCGACUGGUGGGACAUGGACUCACUUGACUUUAGUACAUUGAAGUAUCUGAAAAUAUUUGGCUAGUUUGUGGUGAGUCGGUCAGUUAGCACUUUGUGUAAAAACGAACAGAACUUUAUGUUGCCGAGAAUUAACCUGAGAUUUAUUUGUGGGGUCACCUUCAUAUCAAAUUGUGACACGCCUGAGGUGGAUAUAUUUAGAUUCUUUAUCUUUUAAAACACCAUGAGCAUUCGGCCUCUAAUGAAAAUCAAGAAGCACUUUAGGAAUGGUCGGCUACUGGCAUGGUGUAGUUCAACAAGGGGCCACUAGAGGGGGCACUUUCUUAAGCAGCAGCAGCCUCUUUGGUGCUCCAAAUGUCAAUCACCCAAAGGCAACUGCACUUUUAUACAUUACCUUGACAGUUGCUGUUGCUAAUUUCUCUGUGUUUUUGUUUGUGAUUAAAUCUGUUUAGUUCGUAUUUAAGAAAAGCUGAUCGGUUCACUGUAUUGGCUUUUUAUUUUCACCAAAUGGAUCUACACACACACACACACACACACACACACACACACACACACACACACACAUAUAUAUAUAUAUAUAUAUGGUAUAUACAGGCUAGCCAUGUAUAACAGUGUUUGCACUGAAUAAAAAAAAAAGCAUUUAAGAAUUAGUCACAAACAGCAUCACCAGCAUUACUUAAUUAACUGCAAUAAUAUGCUUUGCAGUGACCUUCUCACUGGAUAAACACCUUUUGGGUUAUUUUGUUUUGUUUUGUUUGUUGUUCUCACCAAAAUCUUAAAAUGAUUGUUCAUGUUGACUCAUCGCAACUCUUUUUUUUACCACUCAGUGCCAAAUAUGUAUUUUGUACAUAUUCCUGGAUGUUAAAAUAUUAUUUCUAGAAAUUGUGUUCUGUCCUUUUACCUUGUGAAUAACUGGAUUGUGGCAAUGUUGUAAAUAUGUCUGAAUAAACGUCGUUCUUCGUAGAAUUUGUGG